UUCAAAUGUCAAAUAAAUCUUUCGCCUUUUACUAAAGAUUUCUGUGGAGAGAAGCAUUUUAAUGAGUCUAAUAUAAAUUUUUUGUUAGUGCCCGACGAAAGUUGGGCCAUUUUUUUCUACAUUAAAUAUAUUUCAUAGGUCGAUACGAUACCCAGAUACACACACAUACCCACGAUUUUGGUGUAUCGUGACGCUGACGCAAGUAUUGUCAAAAUCAGAUGAUUUUUGUUGUUAUUAAAGCUGUGGAUCAUGAAUGAAAAUGAAAGCAUAAUUAUGUCUUUUGAAGACCGUUUAAUUGAUUGUGUGAAAAAACGUGAAGCUAUUUGGAAUGUGAAAUCUAAAUCCUACAGAAUACUUAGUCAGAAGGAAGAAAAAUGGAAAGAGAUAGCAAAGGAGUUGAAUACUACCGUGGAUCAUUGUAAAACAAGAUACAAGACAUUGAGAGAUAGAUAUUCCAGAGAGGCCAAGAAGAGAAAGGGAGUUUCUACAGGAAGUGGAGCUGAUGAUGACGGUGAAGAGUGGCUGUACUACAAUCAGCUUGAUUUCCUGAAGAAUUCUUUGAGAAGAAGCAGAACCAGAUACAGCAAUGUCACGCCAAAGACUGAAGACACUUCUGAUUACUCUUUGGAAAAUGAUGAUUCUGUGAUAAUGACCCCUCUUGAUGAUCCCCUUAAUUCUACGGACCCAUCUGAACAGCAAAAUCACCAACAACGAUAUACGAAUGCAACUCUUGGAGACAAUCCAGAAGAAAAAUUCAGCAAUUUUGUUAAGAAUGCUAAUUCAUUCUUAACGGCAUAUUCGAAAAGAACUCAAUCACAUUCAUUUUUCGCAUAUUUAGAGGAAAAGAUGAAGCGUCUCCCACAGGAUGUCAGGGAUUCCCUGGAGAUGGAAUUCUUGCAAAGGGUGCAUGAAGAACUUCAAAAACUGGAUUAA